UUGGCACCGACAUACAAGAUAUAUACGGAGGCCUACUGUGCAUUUUAGGCAAGGACUCGAUGACAUGGGAGUUGACGAUUUUAUAUGGCGGCCGUAUAUGGGAGUGGGGGUUCCCAAUGACCUCACUGCCCAGUUGGUUAUGUGCUCCACCCAAUCGCCGCUAUUGUCAUUCGAGUGCAUAGAAUGGUACCCAACAGACCGGGUUAGACGACAGUUUGGGAUGCAACAACUUCCACCAGGCCCGGCAUUCGACCUUGGUCGUGAUCAUUGCAAGCGGUUGACAAGAGCACAGAACCAUGAAUGGAGAGAGAUUUACAGUCAAUGGGUUCACAGGUGGAGAUCUGACCACUAUAACACAUUGCACUUAAGCGAGGAGAUUAUUGACUUUCAUCCUCUCCCAGUGUACUACGAGUGGUACAUAUAGUAGUAUGGGAUUCACCUACGACUGUCAAAUAG